AUGGAAAAAGAGAAUGUUUUCGAAGCCACCAAUCUCACCACUGACCAACAGCCCAGUAACUUAUCAUUCUCUUCUGUAAACCUUCAAAAGAUCACUCACCUUGCUGACUACCUUUCUGACCUCCACACUUACACAAACCCACUUGAUCAAAAUAGUUUCUUUCACCCUUUAGAUGGUUUCUACAUAACACAUACAGACGUCAUUCUACGUCAGAUAGUUCAUGACCUCUCUGGGAAAUUCUCUUCUCCUUCUCCUCCCUUGGCUUAUCUCAGAGCUGGUCCACGUAAGCAAAUCUUCUAUGACCCCAAAACUACCCGGGCUGCCAUUGUUACAUGUGGUGGACUUUGUCCUGUGAACACUGUGAUUAGGGAACUAGUGGUGGGGUUGUGGGAGCUUUAUGGUGUGAGACAAAUUUAUGGGAUUCAGGCUGGGUAUAGAGGGUUUUAUUCCAGAGAGCCUGUUGAGUUGAAUCCUAAGAUGGUGCAUGGAUGGCACAAGAGAGGUGGCACUGUGCUGGAGACUUCUAGGGGUGGUUUUGAUCUCAAUAAGAUUGUUGAUGCUAUACAACAUCAUGGAUUCAAUCAGGCAUACAUCAUAGGCGGAGAUGGCACAAUUCGUGGAGCUGUGAAAAUUUUCAAUGAAAUCCAACAACGGAAAUUGCAUGUUGGAGUUGUUGGAAUUCCAAAAACGGUUCACAACGAUGUAGGAAUCAUUGAUCGAUCAUUUGGGUUUCAGACAGCAGUAGAAAUGGCUCAGCAAGCAAUCAGUGCUGCUUACGUGGAAGCAGAGAGUGCAGUUAAUGGAAUUGGCCUGGUCAAGUUAAUGGGCCGAAGCACAGGGCACAUAGCCCUCCAUGCAACAUUGAGCAGCCGUGAUGUGGAUUGCUGUCUAAUUCCUGAAACUGAAUUUUACUUGGAAGGGAAAGGAAAGCUGUUUGAAUUUCUUGACAGUCGGCUGAAAGAGAAUGGGCAUGCUGUAGUGGUUAUCGCAGAAGGAGCUGGGCAGGAUAUUAUACCGAGAACUGAAGCUCAGAAAGAAGAGAGGGAUGAAUCUGGAAACUUGGUUUUCUUAGAUGUUGGUAGCUGGAUGAAGUCAGAGCUAAAGAAGUGGUGGGACAGAGACCACCCUGGUGAGUUGUUUACAGUGAAGUACAUAGAUCCUACAUAUAUGAUACGUGCAGUUCCUGCAAAUGCUACGGGUAGCAUGUAUUGCACACUACUAGCACACUCGGCAAUUCAUGGUGUUAUGGCAGGUUAUACUGGAUUUGUGUGUGGUCCCAUUAAUGGAAAUUAUGCAUAUAUUCCAUUGGAAGAGGUGGCACAGGCUGAGCAUGAAGUUAAUACAAGGGACCAUAAAUGGGCAUGGGUGAGAUCUGUGACCAAUCAGCCUGAUUUUGGGAAGAGCUAAAUUAAUAUUUGAGCUGGACAACAAUCUAAGGGCAAGCGCUUCCCUCGGUAAAUGCAUCUGGGUUUUGCAAGCGCAGUUUCUUGUUUGUGGAUGCUGAGAAAGUGUGAUUAUUGAAUUGUAUCACAAUAUAGCAGGACUUAAAAGGGCAUAUUUUAAUAUGCUGCCGUUAAGAAGAUACGGUUGAUGAAAUGUAUGUUAUGUUUUUGUUUGGUUGGUACUUUUCUUAACUAGAUAUAUAUUUGUUACUGUCAAUGUGAAUAGCUGACAUCUAGGUGAAGCUUACUGCCCAACCAUAUGCCAGAUAGAUUCUAAUUUCUAGAUGGUGGGAUCCUGGAAGGAAUAUGAAAUUGUUGGGAUAUUGAAUUUUUUGCCUUAAUUUAGAACUAUUUAUAUAUUUAUA